CUUGUACACCUGACACUGAACUCGUGGCCUAAAGAAACACUGCGAAGACAGAGUGUCACGAAUAUAGAGACCUGUCGACGCAAACAAGCUGAACUCACAACUUGUCACUUGAUACCGCCUGUUAUAUUAGGACACUUUGCUGGGCCUGCACGACUCUUCCGUAUGCGAGGGCGAGUGUGUCUACAUGUGCACUUCAUCAUAGCAUCAGGGGGCUCUCCCACUCUCAUUGUUUUCUCUUUUCCUUCUUCAUCAAAAGGAGGACUGUCCUUCAGACAGCAGACGACAAGGACCUCACUGUGGCCAUGACGCUGACAGGGAUGUCUCUGGUGGCCAUAGUCGUUGUUGUGACCUCCUUGCUGGGCAAGGUGAAAGGUCAGAUAUCCGUGACCCAGGAUGAACUCGACCGCUGGGCGGAGGACCUGGACGUGCGGUGGGCAGUGGUGACCAACACCAGGGAGGUGGAGAGGUUCCAGGCCAGUCUGACCCUCACGAACCGCGGGUCACUGGCGCUGAGUUACGGCAACUGGUCCUUGUACCUGUACUCCGUCUACACCAUGGAACCGGAGCACCUGCAAAGAACCGGGAUGUCAUACAAGCUGCCAGGACAAGGGCUGCAACUGACUUUCGUCCAAGGAAUGCUGUAUAAAAUUACCCCGACUCCUGAUUUCCGACCUCUACUUGCUGGUGGCAAACGAGUACUGCGGCUGAGGAUGAAGUUCUGGAGUGUGGCCCGGACUGAUCUUUUCCCCAACUGGUUCUUGACGGGUCCCGCGGGCACAGAGCCCCGGAUACUGCGCAGCACGCAGGGCGACGACCUCGACUUCGUGGCCCCCUUCGCCGACCUCAGCCAGCAGAAGCGAUACGACUUUGAUGCAUACGCGGCACGCACGGCACAGGAACGUUACGACCGCAACUUCGUCCCCUUCCCCGGGGAUGCCUCCGAGGUGCGGGUGGUGCCCAGGCCUCACCAGUUGUCGCUCCUGGGUGGCGCUGUGCAGCUGACGCAGUCGUGGCGCAUUUAUGACGCUUCCCUCAACGGACAACUGGCCAACGAGGUGGCUUAUCUACAAGGAAAACUGUCCGAUCUCUCCAUCGUGAACACCUCAUCAGAGCCUGUCACCCACGUGAUCAAACUCAGUACAGGAACUGUCGCCUUUGACGGAAAUUCUUCUACCAUCAUCUCGGACAGCGACGACAGCUACGUUCUGCGCGUGAACAGCGCCAACAGCUCCAUAGACAUCACAGGCAAGGGGGCCAGCGGCGUGUUCUACGGGAUACAGACGUUGCUGGCCCUGCUGCGCGACACGAGGACGGUGCCUGCAGUACUCGUGCGAGACGCACCGCGCUUCCGGUUCCGGGGUCUAUUUUUAGACCUGUCACGCAACUUCCGUACGGCAGAGGAGAUCGAGCGGGUGAUGGAGGCGAUGGUUGUGUACAAGCUGAACAAACUGCACCUGCACCUUGCCGACGACGAGGGCUGGCGUAUCCAGAUCGACGGCCUGCCGGAACUGACGAGUGUGGGUGCGCAGCGCUGUUACGACCUGCAGGAAGUCACGUGCCUUCUGCCGCAGCUGGGCUCCGGCCCCUAUUCAAACAACUCCGGGUCCGGGUACCUGUCUCGUAAAGAGUACCAGCGCCUCCUGGCGACAGCAAAUCGGCUGCACAUCGAGGUCAUACCGGAAAUUGAGAUGCCAGGACAUGCACGUGCGGCCAUCAAAGCAAUGGAGGCACGCUACAGACGACUUCUGUCAGAGAACGCAACGAACGCUGAUUAUUAUCGGCUCAUUGAAGAGGGAGACCCUUCUGUCUACACCUCACCUCAGGCUUUCGACGACAAUGCUAUCAACGUCUGCAGGAACAGCACAUAUCAGUUCAUCAGCAAGGUGGUAGAGGAAAUCCAGAAACUGCAUGAACCGAUCCAGCCCCUGAAGGAGUUCCAUUAUGGGGGCGACGAAGUGGGGCGGGGAGCUUGGGUCAACUCUUCUCUCUGCCAGCAGCUUCAGAUGAGCGACUCCAUGGCCAACCACAGUCUGAAGCAGUAUUUCUUUAAGCGCGUGGCCAGCAUCACACACAGGCUGGGACUGGCGGUGGGCGGAUGGGAGGACGGCCUCAUGUUACAAGGGAACGAACCAUUUGACAGAUCCAUGGCUGAGAACCCUGAGGUGUACGCAAAUGUUUGGGACAACGUAUGGGAGUGGGGGACAAGCUCACGGACCUACACACUCGCCAACAAGAAUUUCUUGGUGAUCAUGUCUCACGCAACUCACUUGUACUUCGACCACCCGUCUGAGCCUCACCCCGAAGAACGCGGGUAUUACUGGGCCACUCGCUUCACCGACACCCAGAAGGUGUUCGGCUUCAUGCCGAUGUCAUACUACGACAACAUCGAGGAGACUAAUGCUGGUCUGCCUCUGUCCAGAGCUGAUGUUUGUGGCGAUAAGGACGAGAACUGCCCUCGUCUGCUCAAACCGCAAAACAUUGUCGGUAUGCAAGGCAACCUGUGGGCGGAGGCGGUGCGCACCUCUGAGCAGGCGGAGGGUCAACUCUUCCCCCGGGUGUUGGCGCUGGCCGAGCGGUCCUGGCACCAGGCUGCUUGGGAGACUGAGACUAACGUGACACUGCGUCUCGCCGCCAGGAGGGCCGACUGGUACUCCUUCGCUCGCGCUGUUGGCCACAGGGAGUUGCCCCGCCUGGACAAGAUGGGAAUACGUUACCGCGUGCCGCCACUUGGCGCCAAGGUGGACAGACAGCGCCUGUUUGUGGCGACCACCUUUCCAGGUCUUGCUGUCGAGUACCAAAAGGACGGAAGCGACAUCUGGGUGGAAGCAGAUGGAACAGAGAGAAUUAAAGACGAAGAACGUUUGCGGCUGAGAACCAGAUCAAGCGAUGGACAGCGUUAUAGCCGAGUGGUGGAGUUCUUCCCUGUUCCAAGGCUGCCUGCCACAUCCCAGAAAACGCUGGAGUACAUCGGCUCGUCUCUCAACGUCCACUUCGAGGUGGUGGACAACUACCAGACCUACGGCACCGACUUCUACGUGGCCAAGAUCACCCUCAACAACACCGGCGCCACCCCGAUCCCCGCCAGCAACUGGGCCUUGUACUUUCCCAGCGUGCAGUGGGUUCAGGACACACAGGUGAUGCUGCAGGGCCGGGACUUUGUGCUGCAAGAGUACAAGAUGGCGGUGUCGCACGUGCAAGGCUACCUGUUCCGCCUGGCGCCUGUCCCCGGCUUUGUCCCCCUGGGAGGCGGCGAGUCCAGGGACAUUGUUUUUAAAAUCCAGUACUGGAGCGUGUCGAAGUACGAGCAGUUUCCCAACUACUUCGUAGCUGCUGAUGGAGCCAACGGGGUGACGAUCAACAACACAGCAUCCGAGUCCCUGGACUUCGUCGCCGACUUCAGGCGCGUGAACCAAUGGAAACGCGAUGCUGCAGAUCGCUUUGACCCCUGGACCCCUGGCGCGCGCUACGACCGGGAGGCGGACACCCACGACCUGGGAACCUCGCCCUUGCCCUACCUCCCGACACCUCUCCAGUUCCAAAUGGACCGCGACAAACGAAUAGCACUGGAUUCCGAGUGGGUGAUCGCAGCAUCGUCCCAGCUAGCCGACAUCGCCACUUACUUGAAAGAUUACCUGAACGGAACCGGAAGGACUGUCCUGACCGUGCAGACGCCGCCCAAGAAGCAGUACAUCAGCCUGGAGCUGGGACCAGUGGAUGUGGCCGGCUCUGAAGCCUACUCUCUGACGGUCAGCCCAGAUGAACAAACCGUUAAAAUCGUCGGCAAGAAUUCAAGCGGUGUCCUGUACGGCGUCCAGAGCCUCAUAAACAUGAUGCUGCAAAGCGACGACGGCGCCACCCUGUUCAGCCUGUCAGCACUAGACGCACCCAGGUUUGCCUAUCGAGGAAUGUACCUGGACGUGGCGCGCAACUUCCAUUCCAAGGCCGGCGUGCUGAAGCUGUUGGAGGCGAUGGGUCUGUACAAACUCAACAAACUGCAUCUUCACCUGUCUGAUGACGAGGGCUGGCGACUUCAGAUUCCGGGUCUUGAAGAGCUAACACAGGUAGGAAGUACCCGCUGUUACGAUCCUUCAGAAGAAAUUUGCCUGACACCAGUGCUGGGCUCAGGACCAACGACUCCAAACUCCGGCACUGGCUUCUACACCGAGGACGACUACAAGGAGAUCCUUGCCUUCGCCGCAGUGCGUCACAUCGAGGUCAUCCCCGAGUUCGACAUGCCGGGUCACGCGCACGCCGCCAUCAAGGCCAUGCAGCUACGACGUCGACUGCGCUGGGAGGCCGGUGACGUCAACGCCAGCCAGUUCUCGCUGGACGAGGCCGGCGAUCAGUCGCUGUACUCCUCCAUCCAGAUGUUCGACGACAACGCCGUCAACCCCUGCCUCGACAGCACCUUCGCCUUCAUCGCCCACGUCAUGGAGGAGGUCAAACGCAUGCACAACGGGGUCAACCCUCUGCGGACUUAUCACUUCGGGGGUGACGAGGUUGCUGCAGGUGCGUGGCAGAAGUCGGACGCCUGCGAGCCGUUGGUCCAGAAGGGGGACAACCUGAAGCACGUCUUCAACACGCGAGUGGCGAGAAUCGCGGCGAGCUUAGGACUGCACGUGCAAGCCUGGGAGGAUGGACUGAUGAACGGUACCACGCCCUUUCCCCUGGAGGACAUGGCCACCGAGCAGGUCUUCGUCAACGCCUGGGACAACGUGUGGGAGUGGGGCAGUGCUGCCAGAGCCUACACGCUGGCCAACCUCGGCUACAAGGUGAUCAUGAGCCAGGCCACUCACCUGUACUUUGACCACCCUCAAGAACCUUCACCCGAGGAGCGGGGCUUCUACUGGGCCACCCGGUACACGGACACGAAGAAGGCCUUCUACUUCCAGCCAGACAACCUGUGGGCCAACGUGGACAUCACUCGCUUCGGCGAGCCGCUCACCCUGUCCACCGUGUGUGGCGACAACAACGUGGGCUGCCCCAGUCUGCUCAAGCGUGAAAAUGUUGUCGGUAUGCAAGGCCACCUGUGGUCCGAGACGGUGCGCACGAUACCACAGAUGCAGUACAUGAUCUUCCCGCGACUGCUGGCCCUGGCCGAGAGGGCCUGGCACCGGGCCCAGUGGGAGGAGGCAGGACAGGGGCACCUCAAACAGGGCAACUGGAUCCAGUUCGCCAAUGCCCUGGGGCACGCACACCUGGGGGUCCUAGACCGCCUUGGCAUAGCUUACAGAGUUCCUCCGCCUGGAGCGAAGUCGGUUAACAGCGAGUUAAAGACGAACACACAGUUCCCAGGACUGAAGGUGGAGUACAAGACUGAUGGUAGUGAGUGGGUGGUGUUCAACAGCGACAGCACCGUCCUGAAGGACGGACAAACAGUCUGGUUGAGAACCAGGUCAGCGAGUGGCAGUCGCUACAGCGCACCUGUGGAAGUGCAGGUGCAUUUCUCUGUUGUGACCUCGGGGUCACCCGGGGGUCAGCGGCCUCUGUACACGUGGAUAAACUGUCUCUCGCUAUGUGCGAUCCUACUUCUCUGUCAGAUGCUCGUGAGCUAAUGGAAACACCUGGUCACGUGUAGAGCUUCCUAGAACUUCCUUUAAACAGACUUAAUGUCUCUUGGAUCUGAAAAGUCAUUUUGCACUCAGAAAAAACAUUCUUAUUAAUUUGUAAAAUAAUUGUUUAUAUUUUUUUCGAAAAAUAAUGACUUCGUAUUAGACAUGGACGUGCCUGUAUAUCAGUUUUCUAGAACCUUCGUUGUGGCAAGCCUAUUCAGAGAACAAAAUAAGUGUUCCCUUAUGGCUUAAGGUGUACUUGAGAUUCCAUCUUUAAUUUUAAAACUGUGUAUAAAUAAUUUAAGUAGCGAUCUCUCUGUGCUCAUGUAAUUACGAACUGCAUUUACAAAAUUUAAUAGAAGGGUCAUCAAAGUCACGUGCUUCAAAGAACCAAUGGGAAUGGAAGAGGAAAAUCCAUGUUGAAGUAUCCAUAGUCUAUGUGGUGUAGUGGUAUGAAACUGAGUGGUUCAUUGUAUCUAGGGUACGCCAGUGCCUACCCCUCUCUUUUGGCCACGUUUUACCUCCCAUGAAAAUGCAGGAAGUCACGUGAUGGGUGAGCAAGGAGGGGGGUCGAGUUAUCCCAGUCCCAGGCCGGGGAAACCUUCAGCCACAAAGCUUUGACUCCUUCGUGGAGUGUGGCAACCCCCAGGGUACGAUGCCCAGGAAAGUUUACCCCAGGUCGCCUCUGAGAAGGAGAAAGGCGAUAAUAAUGUGUGAUAGCAAGUUCUCAUGUUGAUUUUAGUCUUCUGUCGUUGUUGGUCUUUAUAGUUUAUCGUGAUGUUAUAUUUUUGUUAUGCCUAUAGAACUCACCAUGAUAUUAAACACAAAAAUACAAUGU